AUGUCUGGCCCGAUAUCCAUCCCCAAGAUUGCCGAUAAAUCUCUCUCGUUGCCCGGUAGCACAGAUUCUCUAGGCCCGAACAACAAAAGCCAUUCAAAUGGCGACACCUCUCACACUCAGCCAGAAACAAACUCCAUCCAAGCCCAAAAAAUCGUGCUCCCAAACGGCGACUCCUACACCGGACCACUCCUCGGGUUUUCUCCUUCGGGCCAGGGAAACUACUCCUGGCCCGACGGGUGCACAUACACUGGCAGCUGGCAAUCCGGUGCUCUCCAUGGGUACGGAAAAGUUCAGUGGCCGUCGGGCUCGAUUUACGAGGGAGAAUUCUCGGGCGGAUACAUACACGGCCCGGGCACAUUUACCCGACCCGAUCUCACCAAAUACGAUGGACGGUGGAGAUUGAAUCUCAAGCACGGGCUCGGCUGCCAAAAAUUCUCGAACGGGGAUAUUCUUGAAGGGUCGUGGAUUCGUGGGACUCCCGAGGGGCUUGUUCGGUAUUUGUGGGCUAAUGGGAAUGAGUACAAUGGGAAUAUGAAGGGCGGGAAAAUGUCGGGGAACGGGACGUUGACUUGGGUCAACGGGGAUACUUACGAGGGAAAGUGGCUAAACGGGCUCAUGCACGGGUUUGGAAUGUACACUUGGGCUGAUGGCGGGGGUUGCUAUAUCGGCACGUGGACUAAAGGAUUGAAAGAUGGGAAAGGCACGUUUUACCCGAAAGGGAGUAAAAGUAAGGCCCCACUCGAUGCUCUGAGAAAACGAGGUCUUUUGUUGUCUGAUUUGAGGAUACAGAAGAACCAGGUCAAUAAUGCCAGGCUGGGAAGGAGGUGGAGUCUUGAGGUGUCGAUCGAGAGGGUGUUGGGGAAUGAAGAGACGUAUGAGGAGGAUGGGGAUGGGAUUAGUACGCCGAUUUUGGAGAGGGAGUAUAUGCAGGGAGUUCUUAUUAGUGAGAUUGUUUUGAGUGAUGUGCUGAUGUCACCAUUGUCGAAAAGGAAGCAAAAGAGGCUCGAGAAAGAUAUUAAGAGGGUGGGCGAACAGAUUAUCAAAGGGCACAGGAGUUAUGAUCUGAUGCUGAGUUUACAGCUCGGGAUCAGAUAUACGGUGGGGAAAAUUACUCCCAUACAUAGACGAGAAGUUAGGGCUGCCGAUUUUGGUCCUCGGGCGAGCUUUUGGAUGAGCUUUCCUAAAGAGGGCUCUCAACUCACGCCUCCACACCAGUCUGAAGAUUUCAAGUGGAAAGAUUAUUGCCCCAUGGUUUUCAGGAAUUUGAGAGAGAUGUUUAAGAUUGAUGCGGCCGAUUAUAUGAUGUCGAUAUGUGGAAAUGAUGCCUUACGAGAGCUCUCAUCUCCUGGAAAAAGUGGCAGCGUCUUUUUCCUAUCUCAGGAUGACCGUUUUAUGAUCAAGACACUGAGAAAAUCCGAAGUAAAGGUUCUGCUACGCAUGCUCCCGAACUAUCAUCUUCAUGUACGCAGAUACGAAAACACCCUCAUAACCAAAUUUUUCGGCUUGCACCGGAUUAAACCUUCCAGUGGUCAAAAGUUUCGUUUCGUGGUAAUGGGAAAUAUGUUCUGCACAGAGCUAAGAAUUCAUCGAAGGUUUGAUCUAAAAGGUUCAUCUUUGGGACGCUCGGUGAACAAAGUUGAGAUCGAGGAGAACACUAUUCUUAAGGAUCUCGAUUUAAAUUACUGCUUCUAUUUAGAACCUUCGUGGCGCGACUCCCUCUUACAGCAGAUUGAAAUUGAUAGUAAAUUUUUGGAAUCACAACGGAUAAUGGACUAUAGCCUCUUGCUCGGUGUUCAUUACCGAGCACCUCAACAUUUACGCUCCAUGAUUCCGUCAUAUAGUCAUCGCAUGCCGGUUGAGGGAGGGUUAGGAAUUGUGGCCGAAGAUGAUGCCACGGAGGAUGAAAUAUCUCCACAGGGGCUCGUCUUGGUGCCACGUGGCGCCGAUGAUAGUAGUGUUGUGGUGGGGUCGCAUAUAAGAGGCAGCCGGUUGAGGGCAACAUCCUCCACUGGAGAUGAGGAAGUUGAUCUCCUUCUUCCUGGUACAGCAAGGCUCCAAAUCCAGCUUGGCGUGAAUAUGCCCGCACGAGCCGAGCACAUACCGGGAAAAGAAGCUUCCAAGAUGUUUCACGAGGCGUACGAUGUUGUCUUGUACUUGGGCAUCAUCGACAUUUUGCAAGAGUACAAUAUGAGCAAGAAGAUUGAGCAUGCUUACAAGUCCUUUCAGUUCGACUCGGUCUCGAUUUCGGCCGUGGACCCCACAUUCUACUCCGAACGAUUUCUCGAGUUCAUUAAGAGGGUUUUCCCGCCAAACGCCGUGGCUGGUUAG